AUGCAAGCAUAAAAGUCUCUUCCAAGAUCAAGAACUUUUGGUAGUGGAAAAUAGUAAUUUAUUAUGUUAUUUAAGAGAUUAACUUACAACAGGUAAAUCUAAAAAAACUACCUAUGAAAAUUGUUUAAAUUGCUGUGGAAAUUUUUGGGGAACUUGUCGAGCUUGGGUACCAUGCUGUUGUUGUUGUCCAUAUCCUUAUUAGCAAAUUAGCUAAGGAUAUGUUGGAUUACUAUAAGAAUUUGGACGUUUUGAAAAAUAAUUACCACCUGGUAUGCAUUUUGUAAAUCAGUAACUUAAUUCAAUAAACAUAGGUGUUCAGGCUAAAUUACAAUGGUAGAUAUGAAAACACAGUAAAAAUGAAUUAUAAUUUUAAGUUCUGGACAAGUUAACAGAUCAGUCAUCCUAACAAAAGAUAAUAUUACUUCAGAAAUUGACACAGUUUUAUAUUAUAGAAUAGUUGAUCCAAUCAAAUGCAUUUAUAGAUUAAACAAUCUUGCAGGAGCUAUGCUUGAAGUUACUCAAUCAGUAAUGCGUACAGUAUGUGGAGAACACACACUUUAAGAGUUAUUAGUAGAUCGUAUUUAAAUAUCUCAUGAAAUUGAAGAAUAUGUAGAAGCCAUUGUAAAUGAGUGGGGUAUAUAGAUUAUUAAUAACAAUAGGUGUUUAUGUAGAGAAACUAUUUAUCAAGGAUCAAAGAUUAAGUGAAGAUAUGAGAUAAGCAUUAGCAUUGGCAGGAACAACAAAAAAAAUGACUGAGGCUAAAAUCAUAUCUGCUUAAGCUGAUGUGGAUGCAGCCAAAUUUUAGAGAGAAACUUCAGACAUUUUAUCAAGUUAAGCUGCCAUGUAAAUCAGAAUGCUUGAAACUCUUUAAUAGAUUGCUAGAGGAGCUAGUAAAAAAGUUGUGAUGAUGGGAUUAUGA